GGAAAGAAGAAAAAAACAUCGAAAGCAGCGCAGCAACGCCCGGAGGAGGAUUUUUCGGGACAUCAGUUGUAUGUUUGCUCUGCGUAGCGUAACCACAAGCGGAUCGACAGCGGCGGUAUCGUAGUACGGUGGAUCAGAUUCAUCCAAACGGUAGUAGCAGUACCUUUGUUCUACGGGUGAAAACCAGAUCCGGCUGCUGCUGCCUUUUUGUGUGUUGCCUCUUCAUUGCCCUUCGGUGCUGCGAGCGAGGGAAGUACUACUUGCCUGGAAGAGCUCUGUCCGCUUUGGAUAAGCGGGGUGUAGUUGACGGCAAUCAAUCGAAGGCAGAAAGUGAAGCACCACAAUUGAAACGUCUUCAUCUGAUAUAGAAACCGUUCAUUCGUGUUUACUUCUUACCGACCGACGACAUCAUUCAACGACGAAACUAACUUAAAAGGGUUUUAAUCAUUGUUACAGUUAGUAUUUAGCGAACGUAAAGUAGUUUGCAUAUGCGAGAGUGAAUACGAAAGCAGCUCAUACGAAACAGUGAAAGUGGUUAUCGAAAAGAAAAUAUAGUGAACGAGAAGAGAAUAAUAAUUUAUAAAUCGAAAAGAAAGGAGCCUUCAUCGUCGUAAGAGGGUAGGAGUGAAAGUGGAAUAAGGUUUUCUCUGCCUAGGGAUCCUAUUUUAACCUGCCUCCCUUGGUCCGGUUGUUGUCUGCUGUUUUCAUUCAGCUCGCCACGACGGAUCUAUCCGUGACGGAAGCAGACCUCCCGGAAACGAUACGACCUCGGCAGGAGCGAGAGGACAGCGUAGAACCGCGAGACGUCUAUCUUCAAUAUUCAUCAGCAAAUCAAAACAUGAAAAUGGUGUUGUCACAACGGCAGCGCGAGGAGCUUAACCAAGCGAUUGCCGAUUAUCUUGGAAGCAAUGGAUACACAGACGCACUGGAAGCAUUCCGGAAGGAGGCGGACAUGCCGAACGAAAUCGAGCGCAAGUAUGGUGGGUUGCUUGAGAAAAAGUGGACCUCCGUCAUCCGGCUGCAGAAGAAGGUGAUGGAGUUGGAGGCGAAGUUGUCCGAGGCGGAGAAGGAAGUGAUCGAGGGUGCACCAACGAAGGCAAAGCGCACACCGAGCGACUGGAUUCCGCGGCCGCCGGAAAAGUUUGCGCUCGCCGGACACCGGGCCACAGUGACCCGCGUCGUGUUUCAUCCCGUAUUCAGUAUGAUGGUGUCGGCGUCCGAGGACGCUACAAUAAAGGUGUGGGACUUUGAGACGGGCGAAUACGAGCGCACACUGAAGGGUCACACCGACUCGGUACAGGAUCUUGCAUUUGACUCACAAGGAAAGCUUCUCGCCUCCUGUAGCUCAGAUUUAUCGAUCAAGCUGUGGGAUUUCCAGCAGACUUACGAGUGCGUGAAGACAAUGCACGGACACGACCACAACGUAUCGUCGGUAUCGUUCGUGCCGGCAGGUGACUUUUUGCUGUCAGCGUCCCGUGACAAAACGAUCAAGAUGUGGGAGGUGGCCACCGGGUAUUGCGUCAAAACGUUCACCGGCCACCGGGAGUGGGUACGCAUGGUGCGAGUUAAUGUGGACGGUUCGUUGAUGGCAUCAUGCUCGAACGAUCACUCAGUCCGCAUUUGGCAGACGAAUUCAAAGGAAUGCAAGGCGGAGCUAAGAGAACACGAAAAUACGGUAGAAUGUAUCGCCUGGGCUCCGGAAUCGGCAGCAGCGGCAAUAAAUGAGGCAGCCGGAGCAGACAACAAGAAAGGCGCACAUCAGGGCCCAUUCCUGGCAUCGGGAUCACGAGAUAAAACCAUAAGGAUUUGGGACGUCAGCUCCGGACUGUGCCUAUUUACGCUGGCCGGCCACGACAAUUGGGUGCGUGGUAUCGUGUUCCAUCCCGGGGGCAAGUACAUGGUUUCAGCAAGCGAUGACAAAACGCUACGCAUCUGGGAUCUACGCAACAAGCGUUGCAUGAAAACGCUCUAUGCUCACUCACAUUUCUGUACAUCAUUGGAUAUGCAUAAAUCCCAUCCUUACGUCAUAUCCGGCAGUGUGGACACGACGGUCAAAGUGUGGGAAUGUCGCUAAGUCAGCCUCAGCGGGCAGUCUCCGGCAUCUUGUGGCAGCUUGGUUUGUUGUGGGUGUAGUGCGCACGCGGCCCAAUAACGCCCCCUUUUUAUGUUCGCUCUUCGACAAAGCAAGGCAAGACAAUAGCGCGGGAGAUGGCGUGACCACCCUCCUCUCGGUCAAUAUCAACUAUGUUCGAUGAUGGACAAGUUGGAUGAGAUUAGGUGAAGGGAUGUAUGUUGAGAGGAUAAUGUUGUGUUCUUGCAUAUAACGGCAGGUGAAUAAGAAAAGGAUGUUUCAGGAGAGAGGGAUCUUUUUAGUUCGAUAUAUUAGUUCAUUUUCAUUUUCACAUUUUACUCAAAAUGAUCCUACAGAGUUGAAAACAAAAAGUCGACGGAGAGAAUCGACAAAGGUGUGUGGAAUGUUACUAAUUUUCCUAUCGGGGGCGCGAUAUUGAACGUGGAAUUUCUGGGUCCGCUGAUUGAUGAACUUUUGUCCCAAUAUGUUUGCAGUUUGUUACUCAACCUAAAAUUCAUACAAAACCUUAUGCUAAUGGACUCACACGUAGGAGUACACAAAACACACAUACACAUAAAUACAAUAUAAUUAUUAGCAACAUAGAUUUACCAUAUGCGACGAUGGGUUAAAAUUUCUGAAAGAGGCAAUUGUGAAACGUUAAAAACGAGGAACAUCUGAAGGCGAGAAAGUGAGUGAAAUGUGAAAGAAGCAGAGCCAUUGCAAAAAUAGUGCAGAUUAUAUGAUAGAAUUUACAUCUUUUCCACUUUCACUCCUCGUAGGAACAGCAUAAGAAAAGCGAGCGAAACGUGAUCCACAAGAGCUGAAACAGCCCAGUAACAGAAGAAGGUAGGAUGGAAACGAAAAAAAAUGAUAAGAGGAUAGAGUUGUGUUGAUAAAACGGAAUUUUGUCGAUCAUUUGGUGUGUGUGUGUGUGGAAAAGGCGAAUGGCAGAUAUUACAUAACAAUAUUCUUACAAUUAAAGCUAUCGAAAACAGUCUAAAUCGAUCGAAACUUGUAAAUCGUAUCGAGGAGUGCAACAUCAGAUAAUGAAGGGAAUUUUGUGAAAAUGGAAUCGAUUAGUGAGCGUGCGACACGCUAAGUCAAAUUGAAACUGUGCCACCCCGCUAAAUAACCGCAAGUGCUCCGCUACCCCAAAAACGAAUACCAUCUUCGUGAACCGACCACCUCUGGUUUGACCGCUCAUCGAUUCUUCUCCGUCAAUGGUAAAAAGUGCGAGGAUAUUGUGUACACAGUCAGUCGGUGAAAAUGUUCGCGUGUUGUGCAUUGUUUUACAUGAUGGACCUGUACGGAUAUUUUGAGCCAUGAAAAUUGUCCCUUUCGGCUGAACAAAUCCCCCCUUUCUCCCAGUAAGGCAUUACUGAUUGCCGCUUGACAAAGAUGCGUGGAUGGUAGAGUAUCAUAUGCCACGAAUAAAUUCCUUACAACAGCUUUUGCGUAUUGAAAUUGUACAAACAAUUCGUUGCUUAUGCACAUAAAGUAUAGUUGUCAAAAACUUUAAAGGACAGUGGUUACCGUAAUCUAAUAUUUUGCUUACGUGUUUUGUCCUCAAACGCUUCAGUGAAUUUAACGAAACAGAGUAACGUUAGAGAGAAAAAACCAAACACCAAACGUGUAAAGUGUACGUGUUUCAUUUCACUUCUGUUUGGUAGACAUUUUAGUUUUCGUUUUUUACUGGAAAGAAUGCUAUUUCUAUUUAUAAAUCAAUCCGAAUUGUCGAGCCUUAAAGGACCAUAUAAAACUUCUUGUUCUGUUAACGUGUCCUUAGAAGUCUAGUAAUGAAACAUGUGAACUAAUGACCUAAAAAAAAGAUCCCUCCCUCCAUGAGCGAUUCCCCGGGAGGAGGACUUUGAUCAUCAUCUCGGUGCUCAUCUAUGAAUGAAUUGCUUGUUUUGUCAAGAUGCUGUUUGUACAUAGUGCGAAUAGUAGAAAUAGUUAGUAUGUUUUAAUGUGGACAUGAUCCAAUUGGUUAGGAUAAGGUAGAAUAACGUUGCACCGAGUCCUCUCGUUCCGGGCUUCUACAAAAUGUCAUCCUUAUAGACUAACGGAAGGAGCCUGUUGGAAAGGAACAAAUCGACUACGAAUAUACACAGACAACCAAACAGUCCAUAAUGUAAAUACUUUGUUACAGCACAAGCAUAACACUGAACUGCAUACACCAUCUCCAAAGCGCAUCCCCACGGUGAACCUCAAGAUCGACAGUAGCUCGUUAGAACAUCUUAACGUGGAUGCUGCUGCACUAUGGAUGAUUGAGCUAAAACAACGGAGCAAGAACAUACAAAAACUUGGCGAAGUUGGAUAUAUCCCCAUCUGGUCAAAUCUUUGGGACUGGGGCUAGGAAUCCCAGGCGCGCUGUUGUGGGAGUAGGAUGCAUGCGGGAAUGUGCGAGUGUGUGCAAUUGUUUCAUUCUAUUUAAAUUAUUAAACUAUUUCUUAUGCCCCAAUUAACAUACCCCUACACCAUUACGAAGCAACUGCAAAACAAUUAAUCGAAUGAUGGAGAUACGCGAACAUAGCAGCAAACAAAUAACAGUUAAAACUGCUAAAACUACUAUUAUUAUUACCUAUUAUAACUACUACGAAAUAUUGCCACCGUUGCAAACUACUUCUAGGAGCAACGACACUCAAGUGUGUUAAAUCAGGAUGUUGCAAGACCCUGAAAAGAUUAGGCAAGAACGCUCAAUACCAGCAUAAAACAGUGUAAUAGAUGUGUUCGAAAACACAGUUGUUGCCUGGAAUAGAAGAAUAAAAAAAAGGCAAAUUAUCUUCCUCUUACGUGUGGUUAAGAUACGACAAAGAUCGGUUAACUUUCGGAGGAUAUUUGCAAAGAAUGAAAGUGUUGGUUGGAAGAUUAAAUGCGUCGGAGUUUGUUGUCUUCUGAAAGCGUAGGCAACGGACAUGAUUUGGUUUUAUUUGCCUGCGGUAAAUAGAAUUUAUAAUCACCAACGACGAAACUGGAAAACAUCUUUUCUAGCUUUUAAAAGUGAGUUGCUAAUGAAUUGACUUGAAUUCGAGCAAAAGAAGAAAAGCAAGAGAGUAGGGAAAAGAACAGAGGAAAAUGAUAUGUUGGAAAUGAAGUGGACAGCAAAGAAAAACAAACUGUGCGUUAUGUGAAAGCAAAUGAAACGGGAUUAUAAUUUGAAGGAAAUAUAUAUUAAUACAUUGACAGUGAACGUAAGAUGAGA